CACUCUUCGGUGCAGUAAUACGGAUGGUUUCCAAGUAGUCCAAGGUACCUGUACAUUCACUUUGAUACUGUUUGGAGCAGUUGAUUAAUCUCGAAUCCGAGUGCUCGUGACCAACAUCGAUGGAGGAGGCGAUCGAGCGCAUUAACGAGCUACAACCGAAGUAUGUGUUCGUCACAGCGAAGAGCGGCGCUGGGAAGACGUACUUCUCGAAUCGGCUGAAAGGGUAUAUAGUACUGGAGUUGGACGCAGUGGUAACGAAAAUCGGGCAAGCUUUUGGCCUUGAAUAUCCAACAGAGUUCGAAAUAUACAAGAACGCUCUUCCUGCUCCUAUCGUAGACGCAUUUGUGAUGCACAUUCACUCCUUCUUCCAGCAACAUCCAAGCAGUCCAAUUGUGAUCGAAGGAGCGAUUGCAGAAGCAGAACUGGUCAAGAGGAUCUUCUCGGGUUCGUACGCUAAGUUCAAAAUGGUGUAUUUGUACCCGGUCGACGUGGAUGCGUACGCGUCGCGGAUGAUGAAGCGCUUUAAGCACGAGAAGGAGAAUGGUCUCCGUGACCUGUCAAUCUGGCCAAAAGUGACUCCGGAGCUUGAAAACACUGCGAACGACUCGGACGAUUUGAAGGAGUUCAUGCUACGGAUGGCUCGUGAAUCUACUGCUGCGUCAGCUCAGCGCUUCGACUACUUCAAGAAGAAUGGUCUAGAGAUGGUUCGAGUCGAAGUAUAGGACACAGAGUUCUGUUAUACGCGGAAUACCUUUAAGUGUGAAUGAAUACACUUCGCGUAACUUGCCCG